AUGACCAGACCAAAACAAUACGGCAAAGUCGUACGACGGAAGCCAAGUAGGGCUCCGAGAGUGACGCCGACGACGGCCACGGCGACGACGACCCCGGCGACGAUGGCCAUGACGACGGCGACGGUGGCCCCGGCGAUGGCUUCGACGGUGGCCCCGGCGACGACGGAGACGGUGGCCCCGGCGAUGACGGAGACGGCCCCGGCGACGAUUUCGACGGUGGCCCCGCCGAUGACGGCAACGGUGGCCCCGGAGACGACGGCGACGGUGGUCCCGUCCACGACGGAGACGGUGUCCGCGGCGACGGCUUCGACGGUGCCCCCGCCGACGACGGCGACGGUGGCCCCGACGGCGCACAGUGGGGCCAAAUGA